AUGGCCAGAGUGACGGUGAACCUCCGUGCCGUGACCUCCUGGGUGGGCAUCGCCCGGCUCUUUGCUGUCGUGCUGUCCUGCAUUGCCUUCAGCUUGGUGGCCUCCACCCGGGACUUCUGGGGUCCCUAUGGGACGUGGUGUAUGUUCACCUGGUGCUUCUGCUUCACCGUGACGCUGCUGGUGCUGUUUCUGGAGCUGCUGGAGCUCUACCCCAAGCUGCCCUUCUCCUGGGAUGACUUCACCUCGGCUUUCUCCAUGUUGGCAGCAUUGAUGGUUUUCACCACCUCAGCGGUCUUCCCUGCCACCUUCAUCAGCAGCCCCUGCAGCGGCAGCAAGUGUGCCCGCCAGGCCGUGGCCACCACCGUCUCCUGCCUCUGCUUCCUUGCCUACGCCCUUGAGGUGGGGCUCACCCGUGCCAAGCCGGGGGACAUCAGCAGCUUCCUCUCCACUGUACCUGGGCUCCUCAAGGUGUUUGAAGCCUAUGUGGCCUGUCUCAUCUUCUGCUUGCUGGAUACCUUCAGUUCAGAAGCUGGCCUGCAGUGGUGCGUGGCCGUCUACUCCAUCUGCUUCAUCAUCACCCUCCUCAUCAUCAUCUUCACCAUCGGCCGGUGCCUCAGCUACAUGCCCUGCCCGCUGGAAAAGGUGCUGGUGGGGUACAACGCCCUGGCCCUGGUGAUGUACCUCACCGCCACCGUCCUCUGGCCCCUCUACAGCUUCAGAGGGCAGAGCCGUCCUGCAUCCUGCGGCAGGGGCUGCAGGUGGGACAAGAACCUGGGGAUCACCUUCCUCACCAUCUUCAACCUCAUUGCCUACUUGGUGGACCUGGUCUACUCCACCAGGAUGGUUUUCAUCAGGGCACCUCCCUAAGGGCUCGGGGAGGUCUCGGUGGGGAGAGGGGUGGUGGGACGUGGCCGGGUGCCAGUGCGGGGUUCUUGGUGGAGCUGAGGAAGAGGCUGGGUGCCUUGGAAAGCUCCUUCUCCCCGUGCUGGAGCAGAGAGCCAUGGGGUGCUCCCGGGGGUGCCUGAGUGGGGGGGCUGUGGAGCUGGGUUGUGGGGAGCAGGGUGUUCCUGAAACCCUGGAGCUGGGGGUGGGGUUGGGAUUAAAUUGGGUCAUUUUUCACU